UAGAAUAGAUGUUUCCCGCGUAAAAAGACUUAAAAGUUCGGCGGGAACCGUUCAAAUGCUGAAUAUAAAUUUUUGAAGUGCACGUUUUAAAAUCAGUUUAUUAAUUAAACAAUUUUUUUUUUCAAAUUAAUAUUUAAUUCAAAUUGUGAGAUUUUUUUGUUAUGUACUUGAAAGUGUGUGCUAAUAUAUUGUUUUGUGAACUCUAUGUGUUAUAUUUGAAUUUAGAAACAAUAGAUGAGAAAUAUAAUGAACUCUUUUGAGAGUCGUUCUCAUAAAAACUCUUUUGUGUUGCCUUUUUUUGGAGUGGUUGCUCGAAUAUAAGCAAAAUGGCUCACUGAAGCUCGCGGAAAUUUAAACAAGACGAUGUUCUAAAACAAGAUGGCGACUACGAUGACAGCUUCGGCUCACGACUUGUACCUUCAUGACGCCGAAAUCAGACCCCAGCAUUCCAGAGACAACUCCCGAGACUCUGGAAUAUUCCAUACAACCAAGGGCUUGUGGAAUGCCCCUGGGUUAAAUAAUUGUUUCCUGAAUAGUGCUGUUCAGGUGCUGUGGCAUCUUGAUAUAUUCCGGCGUAGUUUUCGCGAGCUGACUGGCCAUGCCUGUCUUGGUCCAUCCUGCAUUUUUUGCGCCCUCAAGGAAUUAUUUGCCCAGUUGCAAUGGUCAGCCGAACGGGCGCCGGCCGCUGAUUCGUUGCGACGAGCCCUGGGAGGCGGUGGCGCCAGGUUCCAGCUGGGAUGCAUGGCAGACGCGAGCGAAUGCUUCGAGCAUCUUCUGCUCAGGGUCCAUGCACACGUUGCCCCUGGCUCUGGAGACAAGCGAGACGACGACGCCUGCCGGGCCCCACACUGCGUGCCCCAUAGGAAAUUUGCCAUGAUGCUGGUAGAGCAGUCAGUCUGUGGAGCUUGCCAGGCCACCAGUGAACCGCUACCUUUUACGCAGAUGGUUCACUACGUGUCAGCCACAGCACUAACUGCUCAAGCGGCGUUAGGAGAACAUGGCGAUAGUUUCGGAUUACUGUUGAAAAAGGCGGGAGGAAUGGGAGAUAUUAGAGAUUGUCCUAAUGCUUGCGGGGCCAAAAUACAGAUUUGCAGAACAUUGAUGAAUCGACCAGAAGUUGUAUCGAUUGGAAUGGUGUGGGACUCAGAGAGACCCUCAGCCGAGCACGUCGCAGCUGUCUACGCAGCAUUAGGCACAGAACUACGUCCUACUGAUGCUUUCCAUGCCUGUGUUGAUAGAGCUUGGGCAGCUCGAGCUACCCAUCGACUCGUCGGACUUGUCACAUACUACGGCAAACACUAUUCCACAUUUUUCUUCCAUAGUAAACUUCGACUUUGGAUAUACUUUGAUGAUGCAGACGUCAAAGAGAUUGGCCCGGAAUGGUCUCAUGUCGUUGAAAAGUGCAUAAGAGGAAGAUUUCAGCCUCUUCUUUUAUUAUAUGCUGCAAUCGAUGGCACGCCGUGUGAUACUCGACAUGCCCCUAAAGACGUAGUGCCAUUCCCUGCUCCAGAACCUCGUAGAGCCAUCACACCAGCACCAGAGAAGCCUAAUCCUAGUUUUGCUCGUCGUGCUAUGACCCCAGGACCAGAUAACGAAAAUGACUACGUAAGUAGAAAAGCUAUGGAAAAUAUGAUAGAUGCCCAAAAUCAUCGUAGGGCUCAAUUAGCUCGUAGCCUCAGUACUAGUUCAGCUUCCGAUACCCAGGAGAGACCUCGAGCUAGGAGAGAUUCAGGAAACUGGAGUGGCGAUAGAAAUAGUGCUUCGUCCGCUUCUUCUUCCACUGUUGAAAGUCCGUAUAUGUACCCAAGAGGGCGAGGUUCAGGUAGUAUACCUAGUAGCCCGACAAGAAAAGGAGAAUUAUCUAGUGGUGGUUCAUGUGACGCUGGCUAUGAUUCAUACUCCUUAUCUUCAACGGAUAGCCUCCCACUUCAACAAGGUUUACGACAUAAUCUGCAGUUGGCUCAAAUACCUGAACUGACCACUAAAGGAGAUUGUGAAGCUUUAUGUAUGGAAGCCGAUAGAUUAUUAGAAAAAUCGCGCCAUGCUGAAGAUUCUGCUGACUAUGAAACAGCUUUAGUAUUGUGCGAUGCAGCUGCUACAAAAGUUAGAGCAGCCAUGGAUGCCCCAUAUAAUAACCCCCACACUAUGACUUUUGCUAGAAUGAAACAUAAUACUUGUGUCAUGAGAGCUCGAAGUCUGCAACGAAGAAUGGCAGGUUUUAAUAGAGUAACCGAAAUUCCUCAAUUAGCACCAAUAAGAAAUACAAAAGGGGGAAUUGAGACAACUCCUUCUACUAUAGAAAUAUAUGCCACCCUUCCGAAGAAAAAGGGUUCUUCGAAAAAAUCAAAAAAUAUUGAAGACGAUAUUGACAACCCCCCUCGUGAAAGGCCUCCUAGACAUAAAUCUCGCGAAGAUGAUAAAACAAGAGAUAAACGCUCUAGAAGUGAAGAUCGUGGUCGUGCCAGAAAAGAUAUAUCAAUAGCACCAGAAAAGAAGGAGGAAAUAGUGGAAGAUAAAAAGGCGAAUAAAAAGCAACAUAAAAUUCGUAGGAAACUGCUCAUGGGUGGGCUUAUUAGAAGAAAAAAUAGAUCCAUGCCUGAUUUAACAGAAGGUGCUGAUGCAAAUAAAGAUAAUGUUAACAAAGAGAAGCCCAUAGCAUCGGUUGAUGAUGGGGAAGUUGGACGUAAGAAGAACAACGACAAAAAUAACCUGAGUGGAUACUUGUCUGAAGGUCAUUUAGAAUAUACUGCAGGCAGUGGUACUAAUCCCAAUCUUGAGAGAAGCAAGCUUAUGAGGAAGAGUUUCCAUGGCAGCGCAGGUAAAAUAUUAACCGCCGCCAAAGUGCCUCCUCCACCACCAUUGCGAACAACUUCUCAGCUUAGCGGGUCUAAGUUUGAACCGGAAGUAAAUGAGCAUAUAAUACAGAACCGACCACAACAACCUUUGCCUCCAUCAGUUAAUGGAUACGGGUAUUCACACGAUAAUGAAGAAGAUGGUGGUUUUUCAGAACAGUAUGGAGAUGAACCACAGUCGUUACCAUUUAUGCCUACUUAUGACAAUGAUCAUGGUAAUCCCUACAACACUUUUGACGAUUCUCCAAAUACAUCGCAAAAUUUUCACACAGUUGUUACACAAGCAAUGGUUCAUCAAGAGCAAAGUCCCGUUAAAAGAGAAAACAUAGGCAAUAUAUUGCCAGCACCGCAUAACAUGCAAAACCUUUGUAACGUAUUUGAUAACGGAAUAGAUGUUGUCGAUUGUGCCAUGCCUCUAAGAAAAUCGCCGCACAUGUUUGAAUUACCUCCAUAUCCUAGCCCCUUAAAUUCUGUAAGCCAUUCACGACAACCUAGCGAAGAAUUUCCACCUCCACCACCACCAAUAGAUAUGACACCAUUGCAAGAAGAACUAAGUAAGUUAAAUACGAUCCCUGAUAUGAAUUAUAUUCAGCAAUAUAACAAUGAACCAACUGUUUGUAAUGGAUCACUGUUAGCACAAUUACAAGAAAAGAGGAAUGAAAUUCUGCGGAACGAAAGUUCUCCACAGUCAAAUACAAUGGAUACAAUAGGUACCUCGGGCGACACUUGGCUAAAAGAGUUGCAAGCUAAACAAGCUGCAUUAAAGCUUAAACGUUCUGGAUCAAUAGAAGGCUAUCUCUCCGUGCCUACUGAAUGCGCUUCACAAAAAGCAGAAAAUAAUGGUCCGAAUAAGGUUAAGAAUAUAGCUUCAAGAUUUGAAAGUAGCCAUAUUUCACCGGUGGAUAAUGAAAGAUCUCAUAUGGGCUAUCUUAACAUGGGUUCCAAUCGCGAUGUUAUCAACUGUUCAAUACAAUCUAACAGUAGCUUGUAUAACCGUCGCUCAUCUUCAUCUUCGUUAGAUAAUAAAGAAAACGAAAAUGAAUUUAACCCAACAAGAAUUGCAAACAACAGCAACUACGGGGAUCGACUGAAGCCUAAAAAGAAAUCAGUAUCCUUUUGUGAUCAGGUAAUAUUAGUGGCUACUGCCGAAGAUCAAGAGGAUGAUAGUUAUAUACCAAAUCCGAUUUUGGAAAGAGUACUUAAAUCAGCAAUGAAUAAAACAGAACUAACGACAGUUCCACUCCAAUCUGAGAAGCCAUCUCUGCAUAGACAGGAAUCCUUUGACAGUCAGUCUUCACGCUCCACAAUAUCAUCACUAUCGCAAACAUCUUACCCUAAUGACUCAUCAGAUUAUUAUAAGCUACAGAAUUAUCCAACAUACCAAGUGGCUCCUAUAAGACCACAACAACAGUUCAAUUCACAAAUCCCCGAUCAAACAAAUGUGACACAAAAUAUUCAGUCUAGCAAUCAAAUAUAUCAAGCAUUACCUGCAAAUCCAAUAAAUAACAAUAAUCCUGUACCUUAUACGCAACCUCCAUCAGUAUAUUCCAACCAUAAUAAUGUAAGCCCUCCAAAUUUCAGCCAAACUCCUGUCAACAGACUAACGCCAACGGCACAUAAUCCUCAAAUGUCUUCUAAGCACGUACAAAACCUCCAGCGGCCAUUAACCAACACAUACCCUCAUGCGCAACAGAAUCAUCUGAAUGCGACUAAUCAAACGCCAAGUAACACUUAUUAUCACAGACUGCCACAGCACUGUACAACUCCUAUUCCCAUGCAAAUGACUAACUACGGGGCAACUAGGCAAAUAAAUCAAAAUAACCAAAACAACAAUAAUCUAGCAUAUCAAAGUGUACCCACCAACUCUCCAGCUUACCAAAGCUAUCACAACCCACCGACUAGCUAUGCUAACUCUGAUUAUUCUAGUCGAUAUCCACAAGUAAAUAGCAAUAAUCAUUAUAAUAUCCAUUCACCGUACCAGAGGGUUCCUCCACCACACGGAGAGAUGCCUAUUGAAAGCCACUCCAAGCAUCAAAAUAUGUCGAACAACUACUGCCAUGAUCAAAACUCUAAUCAGUCGCGUUUUCCGGAAUCGAGGAUUGGCAACCAAAUACAACGCCCUCCUUAUAUAAAUUCCGAAGCAAAUCCAAUGGAUGGGUUAGGACAAUUCCAUCAAAAUGGUUACGGCCAUAAUCCCUACCAGCUUCUACCGCCACCAAAGCAGAUGCAGAAAAAAUCUGUUUCUUUUGAACCAGGCACCAAAGGUGGGACAGAUUCGCCUCUACCACCACAGACGAAUGGUAAUUACUCGAAUGAGAGCCAACUAUUACCAAAAGCGUCGAAAGCGCUUUGCAAUCUUUGUCGUAAAAAAACUGUAAACCCACCGGCGACCUAUUGUCCAGAUUGUGAUUUUUACAUGUCCAGGUUUAAACCGCGGUCGUAACUAGAAUAAAAUAAAACUAAGAAUUUCACUAAGCCACCGAAUAUAAUUUAAAAUAUUAUAGUUGUUUAAGAAUGUAAAUGAUUUUAUAUUUAUGAAUUUUGACUGAUCUCACUGAGAAUAUUAUAAUGUGGAAUUAAGAUGGUACUGUUAUAUCCUAUUUAUAGAUAGGCAAACGAUUCUUAUUUGUAUCUAUGUUGGUACCUACCUAGUACAUGUUGUAAAAAGUGAAUAUAUUUUAGUAGAUUAAUGUUUUGUACUUAAAUAUUUGUAAUAUUUUAAUAAAAAUAAAUUGCUUACAAAUACAAA